GAUUAUAAAGGAAUAGGUGCUGAUGAUUUCAAAUCGAUGUCCAAUUAUACACUAACUGGUGCUUCAAUGAGUCUGAUUGCUGCUCGGGUAUCAUAUGUAUACGAUUUAUCAGGACAAUCAAUGUGUAUCGAUACAGCCUGUUCAUCAUCGUUAGUAGCAAUAGAUGUUGGAAUUCAAUAUUUAAAAUCAGGAAGCACGUCUAUGGCCAUAUGCGGGGGAGUAAAUAGUAUACUGUCACCAGACCUGUUUAUUGCUCUAAGUCAGGCAAAGAUGUUAUCACCAACGGGACAAUGCAAAGCCUUUUCAGAAAAUGCGGAUGGUUAUGCAAGGGGAGAAGGUUGUGGAAUCGUGAUACUAAAGAAAUUGAAGCAGGCAAAGACAGAUGGGAAUAAAAUAUGGGGUGUUAUUGCAACUGCCUGCAAUCAAGAUGGACAAAAUGUAAGACCAAUAUCAGCUCCAUCACAGACACAGCAAGAAAAACUACUAAAAAGCAUUUACGAACGUAACAAAGUCAACCCUCAUGAUAUUCAAGUAAUAGAGGCUCAUGGCACAGGAACACCCAAAGGAGACCCAAUAGAGGCAAACAGCCUAGGAACGGUUUUAGGAAGAAUGUUUUAUUCAGAAACAAAGAAAGUUGACGAACCAGUUUAUAUUGGUUCAGUGAAAACUAACAUUGGACAUUUGGAAUCAGCAGCAGGGGUAGCAGGUCUAAUUAAAAUGUUGUUGAUGAUGAAGAAUAGAAUAAUUGUUACCUCCUUACAUUUUAUGAAAGCAAAUCCGUUGGCCAAUUUUGACAGGUUUAAUUUUUGCGUACCUACAUCAAAUUUGGAAUGGAAAUGUCAUCCCUAUCAGAGACGAAUGGGAUGCAUUAAUUCUUUUGGGUUUGGAGGCACCAAUGCACAUGCAAUUGUAAGAGAAUAUCGAGGAAACAAAGAAGCUGAGUGUGAGACGGAGAAAAUUUGCUUGGUAUUUCAUUCUGCAAUGACCCCAGACGGAUUAUACAAAGCCAUUGAAGCGUUUAUUGAGCAGCUCAAUCGUACCGGUGAUUCUCUACACAGUAUUUCCUAUACUUCUCUUUGCCGACGAGAUCAUUUCAAAUGCAGAUCAGCUUUUUAUGGAAAGUCUGUCAUUGAAAUACAGAUGAAAUGCCAAGAAAGGAUUAAACAAAAAUAUAAGCCUCCAAUUUUCAAAAGUCAUCAAAAUAUAGUAGCAGUUUUUUGUGGUGUGGGAACUGAAUGGCAAGGUAUGUGUAGGGAAUUGAUGAUGCAAGAGGAAGUUGUUUAUCAAACGAUUGAUAACAUUGAUGAACUUCUGAAAAAUUAUACAGUAGAAUUUUCAUUGUUUAAUAUACUUUAUAACUGUCGCGAUAUAUGUAGUCCAUUACAAAAACAUAUUGCUAUAUUUGCUUGCCAAGUUGCACUCUGGAAUCUAUGGAUUCAUUGGGGUAUUAGAAUUAAUGCAGUUAUAGGUCAGUCAGUUGGGGAAGUUGCUGCGGCCUUUGCAUCAGGGGCAUUAUCACUUGAGGAAGCAGUGAAAAUCAUAUAUUAUCGGUCCUUAUGCCUUUCCAACGUUACUGCUGGUAAAAUGUUUGUUGUAGGAAAUUGUAAUAUCGAUUUGAUAAAAGAGGUAUGCAGUAUUUUCCCUGGAAAAACUAGUAUAGCAGUUCAACAUAGUCCCGUUUCAUGCACUCUAUCAUGUGAUAAUGACAUCAUAGAUAUCCUGAAAGAGGCUUUACAGAACAAAUGUACAAAUAUCCUAUUUCAUGAUCUAAAUGUUCCAUGUGGCUAUCACAGUCACCACACACUGAAGGCAGGAACUAUUUUAGAAAAUACACUGAUGAAUGUAACAGCUUCUCCACCGUCAAUACCUCUAAUGUCUACUGUGACAGGGCAGUGGAUAAAUCCGACUGAAUUAGGACAAUCUUCAUAUUGGCGAAAAAAUGUUUGUAAUACUGUUUUGUUAAAUGAUGCUGUAAAAGGUGUAGGCAAAACAGGAGUUUUCAAUAUUUUUCUAGAAAUAGGUCCUUCUCAAGUAUUAUCUUCACAUAUAUCAAACUGCUACAGUAAAGAUGAUGCUGUAUGUUUUCCAUCAGUAAAGAGGGGUAAAGAAAACGAGACUAUUAUGUCGACAGUGGCAAGGUUGUUCGAGGAAGGUGUUGAUUUGAAUUGGAAUAAAAUACACAAAGGACAAAGGAUCAUGAGUAAUAUACCAACAUAUGUUUUCAUGAAAAAAGACGGAUUGUUCCAAUCAGAAUCUACGCAACUGAAGCAUCAUGGUUUAGAAUGUACUCAAAGUUCUCACUUAUUUGUAAGCCGAACGGGAAAAAACAAAUUUAAAUUGACAAUCACUCCAGAAUGUACGCCAUUUGUGUAUACACAUAUUGUAUCUGAUGAAAAACUUGUACCAGGUACUUUAUAUGCUGAGGCGGCAGCUGAAAUAGGACACCAACUGACCAAAUAUAAAGUAGAAGACAUGACCUUUUCAGUAGAAUAUGUGAGACCUGUCCGUGUUAUAGAACACCAAAUGUCCAGUUUAGCAGUUUACAUAGCAGAUGAUUCUGAUGAACAUAACAUUUAUGGUAUUAUUAGAAAUAAUAAAGACAUAGUUGCACGAUUUUCAUCCUGCGCUUCCACUAGGUUGUUUACCAGAGUAGAAAUUGAUAUACAAAAUAUUCGACAUUAUUGCACGGAUUAUAAUUCCAAGGAAGAAAUAUAUCAUGAUUUGUUAAAGUCCGGAUUCGAAUAUGGCAGCGAGCUACAGAUGAUCGAGGAAGUGUAUACAAACAAAGAUCAGUGCUUGGUGAAACUUUGUGUGUCAGAUGAAAUUUGGAGAGAUGUCAAAAGUACACAUUUGCAUCCAUCUAUACUAGAUGCUUUAUUCCAGAGUGUAAUAGUUUUAAAGACAAAGGAACAAAAAGGAGAAUUUCUUCCUACAGGAAUAGGCGAACUUUUGAUUAGGAAACGACCAGAGAAAAACAUGUAUGGAUUUGUACAAAGAACCUACGUCUCAGCCAUUGAAAACUCCUUUAAUCUUUUAUUGAUGGGCGAAGAUGCAAAAGUAAUUGCAAAAAUCAAGAACUUCAAAAUUCAAAAUGUAGAUUUGAAGACAUCAUUCAAAACCACAACUGAAUGUCAAUUAAUUUGGCGGGAAAUAGAAUAUUUACCCUUGCAGAAGCUUUUGACAAUAAAUAAGGAACCGGAAAGUUUUUCAUUGGUAUUCUGCUUAAAUGAUAAGCUGGUUGAGAGCCUAAUGCCAGUACAUUUAAACGAAAAGAUUCUGUUGAAAGAUAUCUAUAAUGUAUCAUGUUUAGAGACAGUAGUUCAAUCUGCCUUGUGUCACAAAGAAGGUAUAGGAAAUGUGUUUUUCAUACCUGGUAUACGAUAUAAUGACCAAAUGAGCGAAACUGAUAUAUACGAAAUUGUUCACCAAUCUUGUAGGGGACUUCUCGUAAUAUUGCAGUGCAUAGCUAAGUCAAAGAUUCAAUUCAACGGUUCUAACUGAAAGCUGUCAAUUCCUAGAUGGUCUUAAUGGGGAUGCAUGCAAUAUACUUGGAUCUGAAUUAUGGGGUCAAGUAAGAUCCAUCUUAAGGGAGGAAACAGAUAUAAAAAUUCAUCUGAUAGAUGUUCAGCCUUCUCUAUCGGAAGCGAAAGAAUUUAUUAAAUGUCUACUUGUAGAUGCAAAAGAUAUGUGGUCUAAAAAGGCGGAACUUGUAUACAGGAAAGGUCGCCUCUUCACCAGUAUUAUAAAGCAAAAUGAACCCGAAACUUGGCAUUAUAGAAAUUCGUUCUUUGAUAAUAGCUGUACAGUUCAGUUAAAGUCGCGAAAUCCGAAUAGCUUGUCAGACAUGUUCUAUGCAUUAUACAGUAAGGAUAGGAUUAAAAAUAGCCAACAAAAUGCAAAUGGGAGAAAUCCGUAUGUAAUGAUCCAUGCAAUUGAGUUUUGUCAGCAUUCACGACAGGUGCAUCCUUUAGUUUUAAGAAAUGAGACGAAUAGACUAUUCAUAUGGCCCGAAACAGAAGCAAAUGGUUUUGAUGUGGUAUCGUUUGAGGCUGUUGGCUAUUUAUGCGAAAACGGAGAUGUUUGCAAAUGUCUGGAUUAUAGUAAAAACCAUGUAAAAUGCAUUGUAUGUUUUCCGUUUACAGUAAAAACAGACCUGUUCGUGCCACUAUGUUGUGUGUACCAGACUGCUGAUUUACCUGAUUAUAAACCUGGUGUUCUUUCCGUAUCUGUUUUGCUUUGGGAAAUAAAAACUCAUAUUCAAGCUAACCAAGAAAUCAAUAUACUUUGUCAAUCUAAACAAAGUUUCGUUGGAAGAUUGUUACAGCUUCUAUUGCAAAGAUCUAUAAAAAAUGUUCGAGUAGACGUUACCGAAUUACCUCAUAUUAAUAAUCACGCCGCUGUAUUAAUACCAUUGAUAAGUCUCGAUGUACCGACAAUAGAAUGUAUCUUACAAUCAGACACGUUAAAUCACAUUCUUGUUUUUGAAUCUUUUCUACAUCAAGAUUUAAAAGACCAUUUAAAAACGGGAAAAUUCAAGGUGCAAAUCUUAAAAGUAGAAAAUAUUUUUAUGAAGAGCAAAAUACAAGAAACAGCACCUGAUGUCUUUCUUUGGCUCUCAAAGGAUUUGCAUAAGGCAUUCACGGAUACCGUGUUUGAUAAUGACAGUGUUUUUCCUUUGCCAACUAGAACAAUACUAGUUGACAGAAAAAACAUAGUUAAAGUUAAAGCACCAGUAGGAACACCUUUCAGAAAAGAUUGCUCUUACAUUAUCGUAGGGGGUCUGUCUGGUCUAGGCUGGGUUCUCCUGAAAUUGCUGGCCAAACAAGGGGCCGGACAGGUAAUAAGUUUGUCAAGACGUCAAAUCACACAAGAAAAGCAAAAUCAAUUGAAUGAGUUGAAUGAAGCAACCGGGUGUAAAUUUAAAACAUUUGCUGUCGAUAUCACAAGACUUGAUGACCUGCGAUCUGUAUUCUGUGAAAUAAAAACGGCACACUUCCAGAUUAAAGGUAUUUUUCAAGGCGCAGGAGUAAUUGAUGAUAAACUGUUUUUCGAAAUGAACGAAGAAAAACUAAAUGUUCUUCAGCCAAAAGUUCUUGGUACUUGGAAUCUUCACUUAUUGUCGGCACAUAUUCCUUUGGAUUACUUUGUUGUUCAGUCCUCAAUAACAGCUGUUUUUGGAAAUCCGGGGCAAAGCAAUUAUGGAGCUGGAAAUUCGUUUAUGGACUGCUUAGUGCAUUUUCGAAGACAGAAAGGUAUGUGCGGACAAACGAUAAAUUGGGGUCCUUUAAAUGUUGGAAUGGCAAAUGAAAUUCCCGAACUAGAGAACAUCCUUAAAGAAGCAGGAUAUCUUUUACUCUCUGAGGCGGAAAUAGAACGGAUCACUCUAAAAAUCCUUGACUCUCCAUUGAUUCAGUUACUCACAGGAAAAUUUGACUGGAAUACAAUUGGAAGCAAUUUAUCAAAUACAACUGUUGGAAAUCAAUUAACUAUGCAAAAGUUUCAUUUAGCAUUGACAGAAACAAGUAGAAAAAUUGUACCUGGGUGUCUAUCAUUGGAAAACUUUUCUACUGCGGACAUCCAAAACAGAUAUACCGAACAUGUCUUCAAAGUAACAAAUGAAAUUUGUGGAAUCGAAAUGGAAAAACUUAGUCUGGAAACACAGAUACAAGACCUUGGCAUUGAUUCUUUACAGGCAAUGAGAUUUGCACGAAGCAUUAACCAGAUAAACGGGAACACGACUAUAACUGCUGUACACCUCUUGUCACAUAAUCUAUCAAUUGGUGAUAUUGUUGCUAAAUUGAAAGAAACAACUAUCAUUCCGCUAAAAGAAAAAAAUGAUCAUGAUAUAACGGAAAGCAGAAUCACGCUCAUGGAAAAGUCUUUAUACGAACAGUUUGAGCAAAAUAAUCUUGAUCCUUCGUUGGUCAUAUACGUAGAUUUGGAAGUGUCGCUGAAUCUUGCUGAUUCGAACAAAUGGCAAGAUCUUUUUAGAAAUGUGGUGAAUACGCAUCCGGCUUUGCGAACACUAUUUGUUAAAAAAGAAGGCCUUGUUCAAAAGAAGAUAGUUGACAUCAAUAAAAUAACUCUUCCAUUUCAAAUUGUCCCCAUGACAGAAAUUAAUCACGUUGAACAUCUCCCUCCAAAUCAACAUUUAUUUUUCUUUAACCCAUCGAAAGACCUUCCAUGCCGACUACUUUUUGCAAUCGAAAAUGAUGUUUGCGUUGUUCGUUUUCUGUUCAAUCAUAUCUGUCUUGACUUUACGUCUGCUGAAAUGAUACUGGAAGAAUUCUUCAGAAGUAAAUAUUCGAUGGUACAAGAUCAUUUGUCGAGUACUGAUGUCGCCAUUCUCGUGGAAAAGAAACUUCAAGAAGAUCGUGAAAAACUUCGAGAAUUCUGGAAAUGGUAUACUCCAAAUGAUACUCUGCCUAGUAUGAAUUUUAACAAACCGAGCCUGGAAUUGAAUCCACUGUGUUUUGAUUUUGCUAAAGUCAGUGUUGAAGCGGAUACGGUGAAUAACUUGAAAAUGUUUCUCAAAAGUCAUAACAUCAGAUUAUUUGACUUUAUGACAAGCUUGUUUCAGAUUCUGUUGCAUGCAUUUCUCAAACAAAAUGUUAUCUCCAUUUUUACGGAUAUGGAUAUGCGAAUCCAUUUUCCACAGUUUGAUAGGACUGUUGGAAAGUUUACCAAGUCAGUUCCCUUGUUUAUAAAGAUUGACGAGAAUUUUAAAUUUAUUGAAUUUGUCAAACGUAACAAAGAACUACAUGAAAGAGUUAUUGAACACAGCCUUUUGUCUAUGGGAGAAAUUCUAGAAUUGAGCGGACAAUCCAAGUUGAAUCAAACGGAUGUUUUUGCCCAUUCUAUCAUCAUGGAAGAUAAAUCCCAAUGGAAUAUUUUACGGAGAAGCGAAGAGUAUACUAUAACCGUUAAGAGAAUAGUGACUGGCGAUUACAAUCAUGAAAGUGGACUCCUCGUGUGGUAUGAUAUUGAAGGAAAAGGAAAUUUAGUCGAGUUUGAAUUGUUUUAUAAUACAAUUGCUUUAGACAAGCAUCGAUCAUUGAUUUUACUUAAAGCUUUGACAAAAUUUAUCACUGCUGCAAUAAAAAAUCCAAAUAUGAAGAUCAAGGAAUUCUGUGAUUUAAUGAAAGAUGACCGUCAUAUUAGUUUACCAAUUGAGGAAGGUAUCAGUCGCACUGAUAAAGAAAGCGGGAAAAGAAAGAAAGCUUUUUGGACCAAAUAGUCUCAGUUUUAUACAAGUUUUAAGGAAAUUUUCAUAAGCUGUAGAAAGCUGUAGUUAACAGAUACAGGAAAAAAAACGACCUUUUCAAAUUAAUUAUAUCGUUUUUGUUCUGAAAUGAAACUAAACUGAAUACUAAGAACUGGUUAAAUAUUUUAGAAAAGUUUUAUUAUAGUAUAUUUGAUGGGAAUUGUUGAAUAUGUUGUGGUUGAAAUGUGUAUGCGUUCACAAAUAUUAUUGAUGUUACUGCAUAUUUGUGGACUACUCUAUAAUAACCUCUGAUAUAUCUAUAAUGCAUUUUACAAACCUUUAUUGUGUGCUCAUUGAUUUUUACCAAGGGUUCUUAUCCAUGUAUUUAAUGAAAAUUAAUCUCUAUUUGUAUUUAUACUUGAUAGUGAUAUAUAUUUGUUUAAACUAUGUAGAAUUUUGUCCCACAAUUACGCGUCUGGUGUACAAAAUUGCAACUUGAUAUAUUUGAUGAGUUUUUAUAUGCCCGUUUACGAGACGUAUUAUGGUAAACAGUUAUCCAUCCGUCCGUCCGUCGUCAACAUGUCGGAAAAUAAUUCAAAAACGCUUUCACCAAUUUUCAUAAAACUUUGGUGAAUUGUUUAUAUUUAUUGACGUGAGCUACCUUUCGAUUUUUAGAUUUCUAUAAACUUUCGAUUUCACGUCUCCCAGUUAUGGGAUUUUAUUCAUAAAAAAAUGCGGGAUUUUCCAGUUUUCUGACUACAAAAUGUAUAACUCAAAAAUUCUUUGAACAAUGUUCAUGAAACUUUUGUGAAUUGUCUAUAUAUAUUGACAUAAGUUCCCUUUCGAAUUUAAAACAAUUCUUAUUUUAUGUUUUGAAGUAUUGAGACUUUAUUCAUAAAAAAGGGGGGACUUUCCAGUAUUUCGGACAAUAACUCAAGAAUGCUUUUAGCAGUUAUCAUGAAACUUUGGUAACUUUGUUACAUCUUUUGAACAAACUCCCUUUUGUUUUUUUUUUCUGAUUUCUGAACUUGUCGAAAACUGUCCACUUGGUGACGGGCGUAUCAUGCGCUCAUGGCGCAGUUCUUUAUCAUACAUGAUUAAGCAGUUGUACACUAAAUAAUUGUUAGUUUUUGUCUUAUCACUUCUGUGAAAUUCUGUCAUGUAUAAUUUUUUUCCUGUGGUUUUCUGUACGUUUAUUAUGAUAAAUCACCAGUUAAAGCUUUUAAUUUCGCAUUUAUAAGUACAUGUAUUAAAGUUUUAUUAUUUGUAGUAAUUCAUUGUGAAAAUCAACUUAACAAUGUUAGAGUAGAUCUGAUUCAUUACUUCCUCUCUGAUCGUGGCUGGAACCUGCACUUACUUCUACAUCAAUCCCGCCCAGCAUAGCGCAGACGCCUUGUCCCCUCCUCCAACUAUAGAUGUUAAUAAUCAGCUUUCGAAAAUACGAUGUACAAGGUAUAUUACACAUAGGCAGACAUAUAUCUUUAUAUAUAUAUACCAGGCAUGGGGCGAAUUACAUUACAAUGUAAUGCAUUAUAUUACAAUUACUUUGACAAAACCAUGCAUUAAAUUACAAUUACAUGCAUUUAUCAAAGUAAUGCAUUAAAUUACAAUAACUUUUGCAAAGUAAUGCAUUGAAUUACACAUUACAUUUGUAAAUUUUAUUAUCAAGUGAAAAGAAAAAUCAAACAUUUUGAAAAGCAACAUGAAGUCACAAAAGAUUCUGCAGUAACUGUUCCAUGUUUUGAAUUUAAGUAUACAUGUAAAUGUCUAUUCAAUACGACUAUUACAUUUUAACAUCAUAAGGGUUUCGAAGGUUUUAUCCUUCAUGCACAUUCUAUGUUUCAAGGUAUACAUCUCUGUGUUUUCUCCAAAAAGAAAUUACAGGGAUGAAGUUUAAUACUUAUUUUAACUAAAUGUUAAUUUUAACUUUACUUUUAUAAAUAUACAUUUGUUUUUUUUAAUUUCAAUCAAAAUCUUUACUGAGAAUUUCUUUCCUAAUUAUAUAAUAAACACAGAGCUUAAUGCAUUAAUGUAUGACCAAGUGUCAAAAUGGUGAAAUAUUCAUUGUAAAACAAACUAAUUAUUGUCUUAUGACAAUGUUCAAUUAUCUUUUAUUUAAUCAUGACAAGGUAUUGAUUAAUCUUUUGGCAACAAUAGAAUACAGUAAAGCUUUUCAAAUAUCAAUCUUUUUAUGCAGGAAAAUGUAUGAAAUAAAAUGAAAUAAAAAAAAAGAACUCA